UCCCUCCGCUCGCCGUGGGCCCGUGGGCCCGUGACGUCACCGGAGGAAGUCAUCGCGGCGGCUCGACGGCGGAACGAUUAGAAAGCGAAGGAAAGCGCGUGAUGUGGACGAACUGCUCCUCCGCGAGACACUCAACCGCCACGCACCGACCCGAGCGCAAAGUUUAGAGAACCCGCAGCAAGAGGCGCGCGUUGGACGACCCGCACACGGAACGCGCGGACAUGGAGACGUGGAUUUGAUUUCGUUCCCCUGACAACUCUUUUGGGUUCUCCUUCCACUUGUUAGAAUUAAAGUUUUUAUUAUUAUUCUUUUGGGUGAGUUGAUUUGUUGUCUGUUUACAUCAUCCUCAUCAUCCUCACCCUCGCGCGGGUCACACGGAGGAGUUUUAAGCGCGCGCGGUCGGUGUUAUGAAGACGUGUUUCCCACGGUGUUAACAUGGACGGGUCCAGCUUUGGAAUAGACACUAUCCUCUCGAGCGCCUCGAACCCGGGUCCGGUCCCCGCGGCCGCCAUGAUGAGCGCAGACUCGCGCCUCGGAGACUCGCGCCUCGGAGAGGCCAGGGCGGCGGACGCACGGAGCCAUGCGACGCCGUCCCCCGCGUGCUCGGACAUAGACACGGUGGGCACGGAGCCCUCGUCCCCCAUCUCGGUUACCAUGGACACCCCGGACAGUCCCCAGCAUCCGCUGCAUCCCCAUCCACCACCUCCACAGCAGCAACAGCCUCCACCACCAGCACCACCUCCUCCACCUCAGCCAGCACCACCCGCUGCGGGCGGUGCCGCCGCGCGCACAGCCACCUCGUCCUUCCUCAUCAAAGACAUCCUCGGCGACAGCAAGCCGCUGGCCGCGUGCGCCCCGUACAGCACGAGCGUCCCGUCGCCGCCCGACCACCACCACCACCACCACGCGCCAAAGGGCGAGAGCGCCUCGCCGGGAGCGGACGGCUUUCGGCCGAAGCUCGAGCAGGACGAGCUGAGGGCGAAGCGGGAAGAGCUGCAGCACGAGAUGAAAUGCAACGGCACCAAGGAGGAGGGCGAGCGGGAGAUCUCGAGCAGCAGAGACAGCCCCCCGGCACGCUCCAAGAAGCCCCGCAAGGCGCGCACGGCCUUCUCCGACCACCAGCUCAACCAGCUCGAGCGCAGCUUCGAGCGGCAGAAGUACCUGAGCGUGCAGGACCGCAUGGACCUCGCGGCGGCGCUCAACCUCACCGACACGCAGGUCAAGACCUGGUACCAGAACCGACGGACCAAGUGGAAGCGGCAGACGGCGGUUGGGCUCGAGCUGCUGGCGGAGGCCGGAAACUACUCCGCCCUGCAGCGGAUGUUCCCCUCGCCGUACUUCUACCACCCCAGCCUGCUGGGCACUAUGGACGGCAGCACGGCGGCAGCGGCGGCCGCGGCCAUGUACAGCAGCAUGUACCGGACUCCCUCGGCGCCGCACCCCGGCCUGCAGAGGCCUCUGGUCCCCCGGGUGCUGAUCCACGGCCUCGGGCCGGGGGGGCAGCCGGCUCUGAACCCCCUGGGCCAGCCCAUGCAGGGCGCGCCGCACGCCCGAUAGAAACAGACUGAGACGAACCCCGAACAGCGAAAGCGACGACCGCGGCGACCGGUGGGACGCGCGGGGUGCGUGCGUGAGGCGUGCGAGACGUGGGGAAUUACGCACGGAGGACACGCGGACACGCGCACGCGGGACGUUUUAACGCAGAGACUCUAAAGACGUUUGAGCGCUAAAGGAGCUUAUUUAAGAGGAGAGGGAGAAGGACUAAAGCGGACGUGAAGGAGCUUCUAUGUCUGGUUGAUUGUUUUGUUUGUCUUUUGUACAAAUCCACUUAAAUUAGCGAAUAAACUUCUAAAGUUUAUUAGAUGAGGAGGGAGAAGCGAAUGAAUAAAGUACUGAUACGAAA